GUGAUACAUACAUGACAUACAUGAUUAUAAUUUAACAUCUGGUAGUAGACGUUGUCUAUUGUGUUAUAAUUAAAUAUUAUAAUUGUUAAUCGGUUUAUUAUACGUUUUUAUACAAUAUAUUUGACCUUUGAUAAAUAUACUGCUUUUUAGUUUGUUAAAAUGUUGCAUAAUAUCUUUGAUGAUGUGAAACGUAUGAAUAAACGACAAAUAAAAUAUUUCCUCUUCUUUUCUACACUGUUCCUGAUCAUUAACCGUUGUAUCUCUCAUAAUUGUGCAAAGAGUUGCGGAGAAUAAUUUUUGCAGCUUGCUGUAGUCAAUAAGGCAACAUACGUACACGACUUCUACUUAUACAUAUGUACAUAUUUGAGAGAUCAUCGAACCGUUUUUCUACAAUACAUUAGAUACUACAAUAGCCCCCAGUAUAUAAAGCAUCUGGUAUUUCACCUUCAGCAUUACGAAUAGGGUUUCUAUAUCAAUUUUUGAGUUUUGGAAUGAUCGUUUCAUCAGCUCUCAUGAUUUGGAAAGGAUUAAUGGUACUUACAGGGAGUGAAAGUCCAAUCGUUGUAGUAUUGAGCGGAAGUAUGGAACCAGCAUUUCACCGAGGAGAUUUACUUUUCCUGACAAAUUAUAAAGAAGAACCUAUAAAAGUUGGAGAAAUUGUGGUUUUCAAAGUAGAAGGACGAGAUAUUCCUAUCGUUCAUCGAGUUAUGAAACUUCAUGUAAAGGCAGAUGGAAACAACACUGUAAAAUUUUUGACUAAAGGUGACAAUAAUUCAGUUGAUGAUAGAGGUUUAUAUGCUCGAGGUCAAUUAUGGCUCACACAAAAUGAUGUUGUUGGCCGAGCACGUGGUUUCUUACCAUACGUUGGGAUGAUUACAAUUUAUAUGAAUGAAUAUCCAAAAUUCAAAUAUGCCAUACUAGCUUGUCUAGGUGUAUACGUUUUAUUGCACCGUGAAUAAGAUGUAAAAAUUAUCAUAUGUAAAAAAUUAUCACUUUAUAUCUAAAAACAUUAUAAUUUUACUUUUAUUUUUUUUUUCAUUGCACCUUAAUAUCCAGAGAAAUCAUCAGAAAUAAAUCGUUAACCAUUGUUUUUACUUUUAAAUUCUGCAUAUUUCAUUUAUUAUUUUAUAAGUAUAAUGAAAUAAUUAUGUGGAAAUACUCACUUUUUUAGCCAUCUAUGCUUGUAACUAAAAAUUAUUUUAUAAAUAGUUGAUACAAAAUUUGUUAUAAGUGUUACAAUUCGAAGUACCUUGAUCUUCAAUUCACUCGGCAAUCUUAAGUUAGACGAGAGUUUCAUAAGACGGGAUUCUUGACGAAGAAAUAAGUCUUAAGAAAAUUCCUUUUAUUUAGACUUGAUUGUCAAAAGAUAGAAAGAAUUUAGCGUUAUAGUGAUCGCACCGAGGAAGAUGUAAUACUGUAUUCUUAAUAGGUGUGAAUAUAGUUUUAUAUAUCGAAAAGACAACAAUGUGAAUCAACGGCGAGAAGACGAGACUAUUAAUAUGUACAAUAUACUACUCAUAACAUAAGGUAUACUUGAUUGUUUCACAAAAUUAUUCAGCCACACUUGAUAAUCACAAAC